AUAGAAUCAGUUUAUCAGCAGAUAACAAACAACUGAGUCUUACAAAUGUGAAUAGGACAGACAGUGGAGAAUACAGAUGUGUGGCUACCAACAGUGUGAGGACAGUUUACUCAGAUGCUGCUACAUUAACAGUGCAUUGUAAGAAAACUUUUACUCACUUUUUACUUGAACCCAAUUGAAAAAUCCUAUAGCGCUAAGUAACAUUCUUUUACAUUCCUUCCACUGCUCCUAUCCUGGAUUAUCUCAGUCACUUCAUAUGAGCACUGCCUUUCAAAAAAAGGGCUUGUCAGGUGCUCCUCUGACUUGAUUACCUUUCAGUACUCUUUUAUUCAGAAUCGAAAAAGUUGUACAAUGCUAGAAAACACAAUUAUUUUGUAUUUGUGGGGUUUUUUUGCUUAUCAAAGGAGCCCUGCUUAUUUCUAUAUUCAUAUUAAUAUCUUGAUAUGAGAAGUGUCUACAUAUGUAACUCAAGUAAACUCAGUUUCUUGUACAUGGUCUUGGACUGUCCAGAGUACUGCUAAGGUAAACACUGAUGCUGUCAAUCAAUACAUUUACUGUGAUUAUAGAGUAUCUCAGUAUCACGUUUACCUCUAAAAGACUUACUUUCUUUUGUCAACACAUGUAGCAGUCUGUUAUCUAAGUUUUGUUUUGCCAGUGUGUCUUAAGAUCAUUGAAGUACAUCCUUAACUUCAGUCCCAGUGUUCUCCCUAAAUUUUAGCUCAGCAGGUAAUGGACCAAUCCUGGCCGUUUAGGCAAAAAAUAUGCGCCAGAGGCGCAAUUUCCUACGAGAGGAAAGGGGGGUUAGUGGAGUGAGGAACAUUGACCCCCCUUGCUGGAAAAUUUAGGAGCUUAGUUCUCUGAAACGUCAUUCCCUUAUUUUAAGACCUACAUUUACUUAAUGCGAAUCAAACUGUUGUAAUAUUUAGACAACAUUUUAAAACGUUUGAUUCCAAUAGUUUUACCAGUGCCUUGAAUGCUCUGUUUCUAAAAACAAAGGCUGCGUUAUACUUUAUUACUUUUCAAUAUACUGGUAUUCAUUCAUUCCUUGUGAGAAUCGGAUCGGAUCACAACUUGCUUUAUUUUUUAAAACAACUAAUUUGAUGUGAGUAAACUUCCAAGCAGUUUUAGGCGGUAAGAAGUGUUGCUUUAAGCUGUAAAAUUUACCGGUUACUAACUGAUAAGGAGAACACUUUAGUCCUUAGUUAUUUUGUAAGUAGAUAUUAAACUGAAAAUGUACUUCACUCUCUUAGGAGGGUGCAUUUAUUUAUUAAUUUCUUAUCACAGAUCAGCCUGAAUUCACUGAACACCCACAGAGUCAGACACUGGUGCAAGGAUCAAGUGUAGCCCUUUCAAGUGAUGCAAAUGGUGUUCCUGAACCAACAUUUUCUUGGACCAAAGAUGGAUCUGCUGUAACUGCCGACAAUAGAAUCAGUUUAUCAGCAGAUAACAAAAACCUGAGUAUUACAAAUGUUAAUAGUACAGACAGUGGAGAAUAUAGAUGUGUGGCUGCCAACAGUGUGGGCACAGUUAACUCCAAUGCUGCUAUGUUAACAGUACAUUGUAAGAAAACAUUUACUAGCUUUUUACUUAAACCCAAUUGUGCAAUCCUGUAGCACUAAAUAACCAUCGUUUUACACACCCUCCACUGCUACUUUCCUGUAUUAUCGUGUGGCACGAAAUUUUUGAGGGUUCUGAUUUUUACGAUUUUUCCAGCGAUCCGCAAAAAUAAGUUCCCGCAAAUAACAAUCACCUCAAACACUUUUCCCGCAAAAAUUUACUAACUUAAAUUUGCUACACAAAAAUAUAGUACUAAGAAAUUGCGUCUGUUAAAUUACAUAGGGUACAAAUAGCGUAGUAUUGUUUAGAAAUAAUAUUUCUAUUCCACGUACUUAACAAAAGCGAAAAUAUUAUCAAUGCUUGGCACUGGGUACUUUCUGAAAAUCGCAAAAAUUAAUUCCCAGCAAGAAAAACCAGUCUGUUUUAGUCGCAAAAAUUAGUUCCCGCAAAACACAAAAAAUGGCCAAUCUGCCAAAAUAAACUUCCACAUAAAUUUCGUGCCACACGGUAUCUCAGUCACUCCAUAUGAGCACAGCCGAUCUUCCGUAACAUAGAGGAAAGAAAAAGGGCCUCUACUUUGAUUACCUUUCGCUUUUCUUUUAUACAAAAUCAAAAAAGUUGUGCAAUGCUAGAAAACACAUUUUUUUAUUUUUUUUCUAAGGGGCAAACUGCAGUGUUGGUUACACAUGUUGGUUAGUAAUUUUAACCCCGGCCAAACCCAGAUUUUGUGGUCUUGGAGUAAUGUCCAGACUACUACACCUUUUGCUGUUUAUUAAGACAAAAUAGGCAGUCAUUUGCGUGAAAGGGUGACCAAUAGCGCGCAGAUACAUUCAUUAAACCGAACAUUUGCACAUAAAUGACAUUCAAUUACGAUUUUUGCAUUUUAAUCAACAUUCACUAACAUUUUGGGACAUUCGUAUGUGUCAUUUGGCACACAAAAGAGAAAGAUGUACUUUCAUUAAGGCCAACAUCCAAGUCAUUUACACCAUCUUGAAAGUCUAUAGGGACAUAAGACAAACAUUAAAGUGCAAACACUACUCAUUAACAUUUUUAUUUCACUGUUUGCAAUUCAAUAGCAUUCCUGGACGGCCUUAUGACGGUUAAGACAAACAUUAAUGCGCUUGAACAAUCAAUUCAAUCGAUUUUCAAUUAAAAAAUAGAAAUUCAAAAAAAAUUACGCUACCUGGUUUAAAGAACCAUGACGUACUGUGCCCCUUUGUGUUUGGCCAAGACUGCGGCUAUACAUUUACGAUUUGGACGGCCAGAAGUCAUAGUAGGGAGCGACAGGGAGAGAGGGCGUACCGCCAAGGACGAAACUUGACUAUGACCAUGGCAAUACAUGUACAUUUAUCACCUAUCAAUGUUUUCCUCAGCAGCUGGUGGUGUAAUGAAUGCUCUUUCGGUUAUUCGGUAACUUCCCGCCAUUUCCGCCUCAUACGUACACAGUAUAUGCUACCCCUCUCGACAAUGUGGAAAAGGCACAUAUUACAUGUAAGCCGUCUGAAAGCGACAAUGAAGGCCAACAUAUCGCGUCCGGAAAUUCAAAGAUGUAUGGAUAACAGGAAUGAGACAAAAGCCCUAAAAAUCCCAAUAGGGGAGUUUCGCACACAACAACUGCUUGAAGCACUGCGCAGAAACAUAGACGCUGUGACCGCAGCUAAAUGUGCUAAUGGUUACCACUUCGUGCAAACUUACCUGCCAAGAUGCAAAAUGUUUAAAUAGAGAGUUUAUUGCGGGAUAUAAUUGACUAAAAUCCAGGCCAAAUUUGUUUGAAUUUAUAUUAUUUUAUUGAAAAUCGAUUUUUGUGCAUUAAAUGUAAGGAACACGCAAUUAACCAUCGUAAGGCCGUCCAGGAAUGCUAUUUAAUUGCAAACAGUGUCAUAAAAAAUAGUUAAUGAAUAGUGUUUGCACUUUAAGGUGACUCGACCCAGUUUUUUUGGGCGGGUACCAUCCUACUUUGAAGCUCUCUGGUAUCCCCACCUUUACUUUUAGCGUAAGUCUAACACAUAGAAUGGAUAACAUAUAGAUCAAUCUACAAUAUAACAUAAAAUUUUGGCGAUCGGAGUAAAUGUCACGUGGUUAUAAUACCACGCCCCUUUGAGGUCUGAGUCGAAAAUCUGCUGUUACCGGCAUUUUUUCGUGAAAAUCUCUCUGCUACACAUAGUGCGCAUUAGUGCCUCGCGCUGAACAGAGUUCACCAAAAUCGCAAAGACCCAAUUCGAGAAAUUCAGCGGUUUCCAAAUUUAGGUCAUAAUUUAUGCGAAAAUGGUAAGCAAACUUUACACGGAUUAUAUCUUAUAAACUAUGAGACUCAUCUCUUUAUUUUGGGCAUCCUUAUAACAGACGGGUCCUUGCAAGUCAGCAAAACGCUUUAGGGCCUUGUAAAUGCGCGCGAUUUCGAGCAAAGUAAACAUAUAGAAAUUAUAGUUUUCGCUAUUUGUUGACGUUUGUCAGCGUUUAAGAGUCCUUCUCACGAAAAAAGCAUUUUCUUAAAAAUUCGUAGUUUUUUUUCCUUCAAAUUUUUUCAGGGCCACAAUUGAUUAACUAACUACCCGGACUCUGAAUUUCAUGGUCAUUGAAAAACUGUGACAUUAUCUUCUAUAAGCCCAAACUUGAGUAAACAUUGAAGAUUUUUAGCGUUUUGGCUGAGUUUGUGCUUUGGGAGUUGUCUAUUGUUUCUAGUCUGUCAUUAUACAGCAUUCUUGUUCAGCACGCGUGCAAUGACCACGCUUGGCUGACUUCCGAAUGCUCACCGAGAUACUCCCGUCACGAGUUGGUUUAAUUAUUGGCUUGCAUUAAACCUAUGAAAAAAUGAUAUUUUUUUAAUAGUAAGUAGAUUUAGUGUGUAGCACUUCUUGAUUUUUUUGGAAAGGCACAAGAAGCACGACAAUUGAUUAAAAAUUGUGAGUUAAACCUCUAUGUAUCACGCGAUGGCCUGUCUCACUGUACAAAAAUUAUUAUAUCUCGGUGAGCAUUCGGAAGUCAGCCAAGCGCGGUCAUUGCACGCGUGCUGAGCAAUAAUGCUGUAUCAUGACAGACUAGAAACAAUAGACAACUCCUAAAGCACAAACUCAGCCAAAACGCUAAAAUUCUUCAAUGUUUACUCAAGUUUGGGCUUAUAGAAGAUAAUGUCACAGUUUUUCAAUGACCAUGAAAUUCAGAGUCCGGGUAGUUAGUUAAUCAAUUGUGGCCCUGAAAAAAUUUGAAGGAAAAAAAACUACGAAUUUUUAAGAAAAUGCUUUUUUCGUAAGAAGGACUCUUAAACGCUGACAAACGUCAACAAAUAGCGAAAAUUAUAAUUUCUAUAUGUUUGCUUUGCUCGAAAUCGCGCGCAUUUACAAGGCCCUAAAGCGUUUUGCUGACUUGCAAGGACCCAUCUGUUAUAAGGAUGCCCAAAAUAAAGAGAUGAGUCUCAUAGUUUAUAAGAUAUAAUCCGUGUAAAGUUUGCUUACCAUUUUCGCAUAAAUUAUGACCUAAAUUUGGAAACCGCUGAAUUUCUCGAAUUGGGUCUUUGCGAUUUUGGUGAAACUCUGUUCAGCGCGAGGCACUAAUGCGCACUAUGUGUAGCAGAGAGAUUUUCACGAAAAAAUACCGGUAACAGCAGAUUUUCGACUCAGACCUCAAAGGGGCGUGGCAUUAUAACCACGUGACACUUACUCCGAUCGCCAAAAUUUUAUGUUAUAUUGUAGAUUGAUCUAUAUGUUAUCCAUUCUAUGUGUUAGACUUACGAUAAAAGUAAAGGUGGGGAUACCAGAGAGCUUCAAAGUAGGAUGGUACCCCCCCCAAAAAAAACUGGGUCGAGUCACCUUAAUGUUUGUCUUAUGUCCCUACUGACUUUUAAGAUGGUGUUAAUGACUUUGAUGUUGGCGUUAACGAAAGUAUAUCUUUCUCUUUUGUAUGCCGAAUGACGCAUAUGAAUGCACAAAAGUGUUAUUGAAUGUUGACUAAAAUGCAAAAAUCGUAAUUGAAUCUGAUGUAUACGCAAAUGUUCGUUUUUUCGCGUCCAUGAAUGUAUCUUAACGCUAUUGGCGGCCGUUUCAUGCAAACGAAUGCGUAUUUUCUCGUAAUGAACAGCAAAAGGUGUACUGCUUAGGUCAUCACUCACUCUUUCAAUCAAUACAUUGACCGUGAGCAUAGAACAUCUCAGUGUCACAUGUACUUUUAAAAACUUUAGCUACAAUCAUUGUCAAAAGCGUUGGGUAGGCUACUUUUUUUACGUCUUUUUUUUCUUUCCUUCUCCCGCCCCUGGCCCAAUGUUGAGGAAAACGUUAAUGUUUGUGCACGUAAUUGUUCUGUUAUAUCCCAACAUUGAAUAGAGGGUCGGGGAUAUUUAGGAAAAGAGAAACUCUCUUUUUUGAGGAUUAAAAUGGACUACUGUUAAAUUGUUCAACCUUCCCAACUACGUUUGUCUGGGAGUGUAGUUGCCUUUGUCAGCACAUCUAGCAAUCUGUUAUUACUUGGGCAGAGCGCCAAGUAAAGGAUUUGCGACGCCCAGGGAUGUCCCAAAGUUGCUGCCUUAUGUCCCGAAGUGAGAGCGGAAUUAGUUUGGAUAUCUCGAGAUCACUUUGAGUUGUCUGAUUUAUUCUUUGUUCGAGGAAGAAACAAUAAUUACUUCUGGCUUGUCCUGGGUUUGAACCGGCUCACCUGUGACCCGUCAGAUCAGUGAGACUCUAAGUUGAGGGAUUAGCUGAAUGCGCGACUGCGACCCAAGGUAGUGAAAAAUGGAUAUAAAAUUAUACACUAGCUUCGGGUCAAGUUAGUGACUUUUCGGCAUGUUUCUGCUACAAUAAAUCUUUUAAUUUAUUCGAGGAAUAAUAAGUUACUUGUUUUGGCUUACCCGGGGUUUGAACCGAUUCACCUGCCACCCGUCAGAUCAAAGGGUAUCUAGAAAACGCAUGUCCUCGAAAACACAGACCGUAGACCGUACACCUCAAAAAACGCAGACCUCGAAAAUGCAGACCACGAAAACGAAGACGUCGAAAACGGCAGAACUACGAGUCUUAUUUAAGAUUUAGACACAUUUGGUGAAAACAACCAACUUUGCUCUUUUUUUCUGUUUGAUGUUUAACUAUAUUGGGUUUGAGUUCGGUGCGAAUAUGGCUGGACAGGCAACAGUCGAACACACUCGAAAUGGAGAAGUGGCUACCAGUUCAUAACAUUUGUUGGUAGUCGUGUGGGUUCGCAAUUCUUUGAGCCAGUUUACGUUAGGAAUUCCAAGGAAAAGUUCGAGCUAUUUGCAUACUAAACAACGUCAACUAUGGCUCCAAUCUUUUUCACCCAUAUCAACCAACCAAAAGUUAACAACAUUGCGGCAUUCACACGUGCCAGACACAAAAAAAUCCUCUCGUACGCGUGAUACAAGGACGCCCAAGUGUAUGCUCUGAUAGCGUCUUUUUUCUUUUUGAAAUCAUUGUUACCAAACUAGACUCUGUUUGGUCACUGUUUCAAACCUUGAAAUUUUUUUGUUUCACAAUCGUAUAUCAUUAGCUUCAGUCCUGAUUUAUUAUGGCAACUAUCUAGUAAACUGAAAAUGUGCAUCAAUCUGAUUAAGGGGUGCAUUUGGUCAUUCAUUUCUUAUUACAGAUCAGCCUGAAUUCACUAAACACCCACAGAGUCAGACUCUGGUGCAAGGAUCAAGUGUAACCCUUUCAAGUGAUGCAAAUGGUGUUCCUGAACCAACAUUUACUUGGACCAAAGAUGGAUCUGCUGUAAUUGCCAACAAAAGAAUCAGUUUAUCAGCAGACAACAAGCAACUGAGCCUAACAAAUAUGAAUAGUACAGAUACUGGAGAAUACAGAUGUGUGGCUAACAACAGUGUGAGGACAGUUUACUCGAAUGCUGCUACGUUAACAUUACAAGGUUAGGAUACUUUUACUGGCUUAGACAGCAAAACUACGCUACACUAAACCGAACUGUUUUGCAGUCUAUUACUAGCCUAAUGUUGAUCAACGACCAAUUCUCCAUACUCGCUCCAAUAAACUUUUCUGCCAAGUCUUGUUCGUUAGCUGAAAAACGUCUGCAUAACAACAUUAUUAUGAGUUAAAACCAUUGUUGAGUUGAAAAAUUCCGCGUUGAGAAUAUAGAUCAUUUCGAAGACUAACAAACAUACCAAAUUCUGCAGGCAAAUUUAAAAAAGAGAGUUUUUGACGUUCGCGCUGACCAAACACUACGCAGAGCCAUCUUGAAGGACAAGAAUUUGCCAUUUCCACAUUUCCCAUAAUGCACUUUGUUUCUGUGUUUAUUGCCCCCCAACACACGCAAGCACUCGCAAAGACGAUUGAAAGUCCCAAGAGAACAUGAAGACAAUUCUUAUGCAAAACUGUUUGCGUGCGUUGAGGUACACGAAACACGCCAACAAAGUGUAUUAUGGGAAAUGCGGAAAUGGUGAAUUGAUUUGCAUGCCACCCAACUCCACACAUAACAAUAUUCUGUUGCUAAUAUUUGUGAUCAUCAUAUGGUGGUGUCUAGGAUAAUGAUUGUAUAGAGAUUUAGUAUCACGUUAAGGGCAAAUGGCAGACAUCACAUUUUAAGUGAACCAUUUCUCAUAAAAGGAAAUGAGCUGAUAAUAACAGUCCAAAAUAAUCGCGUCCAACGUUUGGAGAACACAGUUCACAAUCGUUGGUUCCUUUGCUUCAAAUUAUAAGCCGUUAUCUUUUUCGUCGUUCCUGCACCCUUUCAAUGUCUUCAAGGUUUGGUUAUUGCCAUCUAAGCACUCCUUUAUAUUAGGAUAAGUAUUAAUUUCAUUUUCUUCAGAGCUCUUCAUUGAUUAAACUCAAUGACACGUGUUGUCGGCCGCCAUGAAACAAGCACGCACCAACGAACGCACUCAAUAAUCUGCGAUUACUACUUGUUCUUAUGGGUGAAACUACAUUCCUGGUCUGAAACGCCAGCGGAUUUCUUCGUUCCGUUUCUUUCAAUGUUGAUUUUGAUAGCGUUUAUGUCCGAGCAAGCGCGUGAAACCAACAUACGCCACUUGUACAUCUCCCAUAGUGCAGCUUAUUUGUCCCCCCAGAUUUUGCAUAACCUUUGUUUUUCAUUUCUCCUGGGUAUUACAGCCGUCCCAAGAGAAAUUGAAAACAAUGCUUAUGCAAACUUUUGGGGGCAAAUAAGGUGCAUUAUGGGAGAUGUGUAAGUGGCGUAUUGGGGGAAAGAAAAGGAAGUGAUACCCUUUUUUAGGACCAUUUAGUUUAUUAUUUGGGCGUCGUAAGGGUUUAUAGUACUUGGAAUUAUUUUUCCAAUAAAUUCUUACUUUAGAAUUAUCAAAUCAGACUCUCCUUAAUAUCUGUUCCCUAAUCACUCAACCGCAAUUGUACAUGUCUUUUGCGUGAUUCCUGUGAAAGUAUCAUCAUUACGACGAAGAAAGAAUGCACCUUUAACACACUAAGCGUCGCUCUACCAAUAGGCGUUGCCAUUGUCAUUUGUCAUUUAAAAGAGAAGUUUAAAAUCAUAUCAGCUCCUAGACCAACCCAUAAAGGUCAGGAGCUCGUCACUCCGGGUUCAUCACUCCGGGUUGUCCAUUGGCUACUAGUAAGUAUCACAGUGCGUUAGAUUUUCCGUCCAUUUCUUUUCCCGCAAAAAUGCAAAAAUCACCGUUCAGUAAUCUCCAAUCAUUUAAACUCUCAGACUCUUCGCUUGUCACUUCGUGUAUGGUACCCUGUAGGGAAUCAUACUCGGCUCUGAUUGGGUAAUAGUUCUAUUAUGCGAAAGAUGAAUCUUCAAAAAUCUAAAACGCUUUGAUCAUGACGUACACCUUAAUUAGAUGAAAGAUGAACGGCCAAAGGUGAUUGGCUCCUGUUAAGGUACAAUUUCUCCUUUUCCCGUCCAUUGUCAGGUGCACCAGGACAGCAACAAGGGGGAUUUGAAUUCACUGCUUCGAGUUCGACCAGUACACACGAUGGCCGAUCCGAAUACAAGGCUUCCUUUAAAGUUACUGGCAAUCGUUUAAUUGACGGAAUUGCAAAAAUCAGUGAUGUAGUAAUGAAAGUAUUAGCCGUUGUUUUGGUUGACCAAGUGGCAUGUUACAUCCGGAACGUAGAGCCGUUUAACUCAAUUCUUGUCGAAUUGGGCUGUUAUACUACAAAAAGCUUCGUCUCUUUAGUGGAAGACUUAGAAAAAGGAAGAGUAAAGCGACGGCUGGAAGAAGAAUUUGAAAACGUUGGAUGCAAAGGGGAACUGGAAAUAAGUAUCACAAAUGCAGAGGAGGUGCAUGAGGCACUGGAUGAGAUAAGGUAAUUUUGCGCUUUUCCCAUUUUAAGUUUAAUGGCUUCUGUAUUCACUCAACAAUUAUUAUAUGUAACAAUAUACAAAGACUUUCUCAUCAAAAUACUGUCAUCAUUUGCGUACGCUUGUUAGUACACAAAGCAUCGCCGUGAUCAGUAUAGCCUGCUCCCAAUGUAUCUCAGUGAUGUAGCUCAGUAAUGGUAGAGCAUUGCUACUCAGAAGCCACGAGUUCGAAUCCAGUUAAGGCCUCAAAUUUUUUUAUCGGCUUUAUUUAUUUUGCAAUUGCUUAAACUGUUACACUGUGGCGAUCAUAUCUUUAUUUAAAUUUGUAUUUCCGUAGUUCACAUCAUCUUCAUUAUACAAGCCAUUACUGCCUGCGCUUUACAGCAGUAAAAUCGCCUAAUCAGGCUUAAAAUUUACUAGCUUAGCUAAAUUUAAUAGCUUUAAAAAUAGUUUUUGUUCGAGUUGUGUCCGUAUUCACACUGUCGGGAAUAUUGCAGCUUUUUACAAUAUGGUGGUGUAAUUUUCUAACUGCUCAAUAUAUUUUUUUAAAAAGUUGAGAUUCUCGAGAUUAAGUGUCGUUUUAGGAGACCUUUGAGUUUCAAGAUUAUUGAUAUAAUGUAAGGCAGUAAAAUAUGGGCUACAAUUCGCUAAUUUUUUACCGGAAGUUUCGUGUUUACAACUAAAAGCCUCUCAUUAUUCAGGGUAUUGUCUCCAAGUGUCAUUUUCACGUGAACAGCGCUAGCAUUAACUAACAAUGCGUUUGAAAUAUGUAAAAAUGCUAGCUAUUGCUGUCCACGAAAAUAUGAGACUUGGAGACAAUACCCUGAAUAAUGAGAGGCUCUCACUUGUAAACACAAAAUUUCUUAUAAAAUAUUAGCGAAUUGUAGCCCUUAUUUUACUGCCAUAUUAAUUAUCUUGAAACUAAAAAGUCACAUUAAAGGACGGUUAAUCUCAGGAAUCUUGAUUUUUUUAAAAAAAAUCUAUCUAGCGCUUUAAAAGUUAUUUGCUAAUUUGUUAAAAUAGACCAAAAUGUUUACAAAAGCGCCAACAGGUGUGCCUCGAUACAUACUGAUCAAAUCCUUCUUUCUACCAAUCGGCGUUUCUAAAAAUAUUGAAACUACCAUGAGGUGAAAUUUCAUGUCAAAAGCGCCUCGUUUUCAACAGAUAACGGCCGAACAUCAAGAUUGUCUAUUUUUUUACCGCAUUUCUAAUCAUAAAAACUUCAUCUUAAAAUAUCAGAUAACGCUCUUACAGAUUUCGCUUAAACUUCACGAACAUCGAGGCGGCUAAUGGAGGAAAAAGCUCCCAUGAACUAUUUGGGAGUAAAAUUUCCCAGUGCCGAGAAAUACUGCUGCAAGUAAUGGCGUCAUUUCGUUGCUAUGACAACUCUGAUGUCAUUGCAACCCUGAUCAUGACAAAUCUCCAUCUUUAUCUCCAUGUAAUACUCCAUGUAAUAAAUCUUUGUUUAUGGCGACAUAGUGUAUCGAGCCACCUUGAUUGCAUUAUUGUUAACAGCCUUUUCAAAACCAUUCAAAGCCGAAUAAUCGCGUCAACAGUUUGAAGACUGUCAGUGUGAGUCCCUUUAAUUUUAGUGACGACAGCCGUUUUGAAGAUUUGUUCCAGUUCGGGCAUUUUCAAGUGGUCAAGAACAGUGGUGCCAAGGAAGGGUCACCCUUAAAAAUUGCUGUUGAUAUGACAACCAAGGCUGUCACGUGACAGAUUAUGUAACUAACUAGGUCAAGAAUCACAUGUGCUGAUGCGUAAUUUAAUUUUCUUUCACACCUGUAAAUAUGAAGAUAUUGAAAAUAGAAGAGGAGAUAUGGUCAGAUAACCAGAUAGGGGUUCAAAAUGUAAAUAAUGCAGGAAAUCAACAGUAGUAUUUAGAGGUGCCAUUGACCAAAAAUGUGACUACUGUUCUAAAAAUCUUGAUUUUACCAUUUUAUCCCUUUGUUUAGAGUCUGCUUAUGUUGUUUUUCUUAAAUAUUCAUCAAAAGUAAAUAUGUCUUGUAUAAAAAUGGCAUUAGGAAAUCACCAUGCUUAAAAAAUGCCAUUUAUGUAACUUUUCAUGUGAUUUCGUGACAGGUCAUGUGACCACUUAGGUGAAACAUCACAUGUAGUGAUGUGUAAUUUAAUUUUCUUUGACACUUGUAAAAACAAAGAAGAUAUUGAAAAUAGAAAAGGAGAUAGAGUCUGAUGACCAGAAAGGGUUCAAAAUGCAAAUAAUGAAGAAAAUCAACAGUAGUAGGUAGGGAUACCAGGGACCAAAAAUGUCACUACUGUUCCAAAAAUUUAGGUUUUACCAUCUUAGCUCUUUGUUUAGGGUCUUCUCAUAUUGUUUUUGUUAAACAUUCAUCAAAGGUAAUUAUGUCUUGUAUAAGAGUGGCAGCAUGUAAGCAUCAUGCUCUAAAAACGCUAGUGUGACUUCCCAUGUGUUAACGUGACAGGUCAUGUGACUAAUUAGCACACAUGUCAGGAAUUAUCCUUGGUUUUAUUCAAGAACUUUUUGCUAACCAGCUGCGGAUGACAUGGAAGAGCUGGUGGAGGGAGAUAAAUUCCGUCAUCCGUGCUUUUCUCUAAUAAUGAGUCAGUAAAUCUCUAUUCGGAUUUGUAGAGUUACUCAGGUCCGCAGUCUGAACCUUUUGCAGCUUCUUCACCCGAACAGUUUCCAGAACAGAACGACGGGAUGUCAAAUAUUUUACCUUUCAUUUGGUGUUUCUGA